ACUAUAGGCUUGGGAUUGUGAAUUGAAUUCAUAAAAUUCACAUUCAUCAAAACUUUUUCUUCUUAAAACAUUUAAUUCUCAAUAUUCAACACGCAGAGAAUGAUCCUAUUUGGCAGGAGGACUAUGCUCCCUGUAACUUGUAUCUGAGUUUUGUGAUUAAAUUAGGCAAUACAUUGAUAUAGACAUGCUCAUACCGGAAAGUUAAAGGCAAGCAACUGGACUUAAGAAUGAAAGCCAAAAAAGGAAAGGGACCAUCACUCCAAUCAGGGGAGGUAAAGCUUAAACAUCAAGGCAUGCAUAGGCCGUAUUCUUUCCAUCUCGGCGUCUUCCUGGUGUUUGUCGGAGUAGCCUCUUUGGCAAGCACCUCAUUCGCUACCAACUCUUUUCAUAUGACUUCAACUCCCAGCGACAACUUCAAUGGCUACAAAUUCCAGGAAAACUUCUUCAAAAAUUCCGAUCACUUGUUUGAGAUGGGGAAAGAGGAUGGCGACUCGGGGCGCAGCGGCCGUCACAACACCCGCCGCCAUCACCGAAACCCCACCACCAACAUCAACGCCCUUACCAAGGCGCGAAAACCAGAAUCUGACCUCUUCGCUGAAGGCAUGGACGAUCUUUUGGUGGAGUCCGACUCCACGGUUCGCUUGGCGCCCAAGCACAACUUAAACUACACCUGGCCUAUUAGGGAGCUGGCCAGCUUGGUUGAUGGGGAUAUUACCAUCGGCGCCCUGCACAUGAUCCACGAGAGAUCGGAAGAGUACGGCUGUGGGAGGAUUAUGGACCAGGGAGGGAUACAAGCCCUGGAGGUGAUGCUGUACACCCUGGACCACAUUAAUGGGAAGUACGGACAGCCUCUUAUUCCAGGAGUACAUCUUGGAGUCCUUGCUAAAGACGACUGUGAUACGGAUAUUUACGGCCUAGAACAAGCUUUGGACUUUAUACGUGGAUCUAUCACCAACAUAGGUGGAUCGUCGUACAAAUGCAAGGAUGGGCUACCUCCAGAAAACAAGGUGAAAGUCAUAUCGGGAGUUAUCGGCGCCCCUUCAAGCCAAACCUCCAUUCAGGUCGCCAACUUACUCAAGCUUUUCAGAAUCCCUCAGAUCAGUUUCUUCUCAACCAGUCCAGUGCUCAGUAACAGAGACAGGUUCCCUUACUUCUUUCGUACCAUCCCCAGUGACCUGUACCAGGCAGAGGCUAUCGUCUCACUGGUCACUUACUUCAAGUGGAAGUACGUCAGCAUAGUCUACGAGGAGUCCAGCUAUGGUCAGCAGGGCUUUAACGAGGUGGAGGUAUUACUGCGCAAGACCAAAGACAUUUGUAUAGCUCUCAGAGAGAAGCUGCUGAAAGACUCUGGGGUGCCCACGGAGCAGGACUACGACAAGAUUGUCUUCAAGCUGCUGGAGAAAGAGUUUGCCAGAGGUGUUAUAGUAUUCGCCUCUGACCAGGAAGUGGCCGGGCUGAUGAGGGCAGUGAGAAGAAACGACGCCACUGGAAAGUUUGCUUGGAUCGGCUCUGACGGUUGGGGCGCUAGAGGCCUGGCUUUUAAAGGCAACGAACCAGAGCUGGAAGGAGCGGUCACUGUUCAGCCAAUCGCAGAAGAGGUGAAAGGAUUUAAAGAGUACUUCCUGAAUCUGACACCAACAAACAACAAACGAAACCCUUGGUUUGGAGAGUACUGGGAGGAUCACUUCAACUGCCGCUACAACGGCACCCCCCAGACGCCCUACAACCACCACAACCGCACGUGCACAGGAGAUGAAAGGAUCACACCUGGGAAUUUCAUGAUGGAAGCCCAGCUUCAGUUUGUUUCUGAUUCCAUCAUGGCGUUUGCUUACGCGUUCAAGGAAAUCCACCAAAAGUUGUGCGGGUCAACUCGUGGAGUCUGUGACGCCAUGCUGACUAAGAUGAGCGGAGAAUACAUCAAGACCCACCUUCAUAACGUCAAAUUCACAGGUUUAUCUGGUCAAGAAUUUCAAUUCGGGCAGACGGGAGAUGGACCUUCUCUGUAUCGUAUAUUGAACUUCCGGAAGACGGAGAAGGGAGACUAUGAAUGGGCCACUGUUGGAUUUUAUAGAGACGCACAUCUUAAUAUAACCAAGGCGAUGAAGUUCAGAUCCUCCGAGCCCGAGUUCCCGACCUCUGUGUGCAGCAGCAAGUGCGGCAUGCAGCAGUAUAUGGAGUACAUCCCGGGGGAACCCUGUUGCUGGUACUGCAAGGACUGCUCGGCUUACGAGUACAGGCCAGUGGAGUCAAGAUGUGAGGAGUGCCCCCCUGGCAUGCUGCCCAGUGAAAACAUGACAGACUGCAUUGAGAUCCCGCCAAUCUACCUUCGUUACACUGACGCCAUCGCUCUGGCCGCCAUGGCUUUCGCUUCCAUCGGUAUCCUAGCAACCACAGCCACCGCCAUCAUCUUUCUCAAGCACAACGACACGCCAGUGGUCAAAGCGUCCGGGAGGGAGCUGAGCUUCGUCCUCCUCUUCGGCAUCUUCCUCUGCUACGUCAUGACCUUCCUCCUGGUCUCCAAGCCCACGAAAUACGUCUGCGGGUCACAAACCGUCGGCAUCGGGUUCUGCUUCUCCGUCUGCUACUCCGCCAUCUUGACGAAAACGAACAGGAUCUCCAGAAUAUUCCGCGCGGGGAAGAGAACGGUGAAGCGCCCGAAAUUCAUCAGCCCAGAAUCGCAGCUGAUUAUCUGCGCGAGCCUCGUAGCCUGCCAGAUCAUAGUCAGCCUCAUCUGGCUGCUUACCAGCCCUCCCAAGGCGAUGGCCUUCUACGCCAGACGGGACGACCACCAGCUUGUCUGCGAGGCCGCCAUUGGCUUCGCGUACAUGAUCGGUUUCUCGUACCCCAUUUUCUUGGUGCUCGUCUGCACCGUGUACGCCGUCAUCACCCGAAAAAUCCCGGAGGCUUUCAACGAGUCCAAGUAUAUAGGAUUUACUAUGUACACCACAUGCAUCAUCUGGGCGGCCUUUGUGGUCAUCUAUCUAAGUACUUCUCACAAUAUUCAGGUCAGGAUAGCCACCAUGUGCUUCUCCAUCAGCCUCAGCGCCACGGUGGCGCUUAUAUGUAUGUUCACGCCCAAAUUGUACAUCAUCCUCUUCAGGCCGGAAAGGAAUGUCCGGAAGAGCAUGAUGGGUAAAAAUGCUAACGUCAAACUGAACAAUUGCUCGCCGGGUGGCAGGAUUGAUUCAGGAACCCAAAGUGACGACUUUGAAAUGACGCGGACUUUGCGCAGUUCUGGUUCCUUCAGCAGCGGCUACAGCCGCUCCACCAAUGCCACCCAGACCUACAGCAAUGGUCACAGCAUCAGCACGCAGACCUUGGACAGCGUGGGGGACCCAAGGUUUGGAGACGAUGAUGUAGAAUUAUGAUGGGACAUGAACAUUAAAAGUUAUAGCGUCUGGUUAUGACUGGCUUUUUAGCAACUCCUGCGGUUAUAAUUGGUUUUAACAACUGCUUUGGUUAUGACUGGUUUAACAACUGCUUUGGUUAUGACCGGUUUAAUAACUCCUGACCGGAUUUACUACCACCGUUGUUUUUGACUGGUUUUACAUCUCGUCUGGUUAUAUCUGGUUUUGCAAUUAUUUUAACUAAUAACUUUCCCCAGCAUUGUAAAUAGACAAAAGUUGUAUGUAAAUACAUGCUUAUUAUUAUGGUUGCUUAUCAAACUGAAUAUUUGCAUGUGAUAUGUGUAUAAGGGAUAUAGUUUUAACCUCUUGAGCUGUAAGUUAAACAACCUUAGAACCAGUAGUGAAUUAGGUAUUGCAAUUUGCACGCAGUCUUAUAAUGUAUUUUUUUUAUUUCUCAUUUUGUUUGUUUUAUUUUAACUAUGUUGAAAGUUUGUAAAGAAUAUAGAAUGAUCAGGCUUGAAUGUUUAUGGGAGUCAAUAAAUGUACCAUAUUGUUGGAGAUGAAGGACCUGGCUGUAGAGGUUUAACUGUGUUAAGAACAAAUGAACUUUACUAAUAAUGCAUUGAAUCAAAGCUUCCAUUAAGUUAUGUAAACAAUAGAAUGACACUUGUCUUGAAAACAGUGAGUGAAAUGGGUAUACUCUACUCACCAUCAGUCUUACAGAAUGUUCGCAUUGAUACUAUUCAAGAGGCAAGGAUUUAACCCUGAUAAUCUUAGUUCUGAAGCAAUGAGUUCUACCAAAACACCACCCGGAUGUCAACAUCGAUCAUGUUACCUAGUACUACGUGUAAUAGACACUGGGUUAGGAUGGUCGAAUUCUUGACCAGUGUUCAAUAGACGGUGGAUUAUCAUGGUCAGAAAUUUGACUAAUAAAUUGAUUUAAGAAACAAUGGAUUAGCAUGGUCUUGAUCGUGAACUGUGAUAAAUUUUAGUAGACAGUGGAUUAGCAUUAUCAGAAUUUCGACUAAUGACUUAUUCCAAUAAACAGUAGAUUAGCAUGGUCAGAAUCUUGACCAGUGACUAAGUACAAUAGACGUUGUACUAUCCUAAUCUGAAUCUUGACCAGUGACUAAGUACAAUAGACGUUGUAUGAUCCUAAUCUGAAUCUUGACUAGUGACUAAGUACAAUAGACGUUGUAUUAUCCUAAUCUGAAUCUUGACCAGUGACUAAGUACAAUAGACGUUGUAUUAUCCUAAUCUGAAUCUUGACCAGUGACUAAGUACAAUAGACGUUGUAUUAUCAUAAUCUGAAUCUUGACCAGUGACUAAGUACAAUAGACGUUGUAUUAUCCUAAUCUGAAUCUUGACCAGUGACUAAGUACAAAAGACGUAUUAUCCUAAUCUGAAUCUUGACCAGUGACUAAGCACAAUAGACGUUGUAUUAUCCUAAUCUGAAUCUUGACCAGUGACUAAGCACAAUAGACGUUGUAUUAUCCUAAUCUGAAUCUUGACCAGUGACUAAGCACAAUAGACGUUGUAUUAUCCUAACCUGAAUCUUGACCAGUGACUAAGUACAAUAGACGUUGUAUUAUCCUAAUCUGAAUCUUGACCAUUGAAUAAGUACAAUAGGCGUUGUAUUAUCCUACUCUGAAUCUUGACCAGUGACUAAGUACAAUAGACGUUGUAUUAUCCUAAUCUGAAUCCUGACCAGUGACUAAGUAUACUAGACGUUGUAUUCCUAAUCUGAAUCUUGACCAGUGACUAAGUACAAUAGACGUUGAAUUAUCCUAAUCUGAAUCUUGACCAGUGACUAAGAAUAGAUGUUGUAUUAUCCUAAUCUGAAUCUUGACCAGUGACUAAGUACAAUAGACGUUAUAUUAUCCUAAUCUGAAUCUUGACCAGUGACUAAGUACAAUAGACGUUGUAUUAUCCUAAUCUGAAUCUUGACCAGUGACUAAGUACAAUAGACGUUGUAUUAUCCUAAUCUGAAUCUUGACCAGUGACUAAGUACAAUAGACGUUGUAUUAUUCUAAUCUGAAUCUUGACCAGUGACUAAGUAUAAUGUUGGAUCAGCAUGGUCAGAAUCUUGAGAGCGUGUGAGUUUACUAAUCCAUGUAUGUAUAUAACAUUGUGACGUAUAUGUAUGGCUGUGCAGGUCAUGACACUGGACCUGUAUGCUUAUGUUUUGAAUAAUGACAACAACUUCAACAAUAAUAUGUACUUGUGUUCAGAUUCGACA